AACACCUGUAAUUUCUUUAUAUUCGUGCCUUAGGUUCGUCAGAUAUGCUGUAUGACAAGUGUUCCGAGGAACAUCCGUUGUUCGCAAUGCAAUUUCAAUCCUGAACGUGUCCGUUUUGCAGAACGUAGGGAAGUAUGCCUGACACGAGGGGUGAUGGCGGUUGCCUGGGACAGGCGCCGCCGUUGUCAGCGCACAUGUUGUGGAGGGCUGAGCUCCGCUCACUUUCCGCUCUGGCGCUGCCUGUUGUCAUUCAGACGAGUGCGCAGCAAGGGAUGACCGUUGUAGACCAAUUGACUUCACGCCGAAGACUCCAUCUCUUAUGUAUGUCCUUGGGGUACUUCUUCAUACGCAUUUUUCCGGUGAUAUGCUUACGAGGCAUACGGAACGCCAUUCCACCAGCCUUCAGCGUGCCACAUCCAAGCAUCCCAACCCUACGGCCUCUCGUCCCCAGCGUCAUCCUAUUGCUCUGCAUUCAUCCCAUAGAUGCCUUGUCUUUCUCGCAGAUGAGCACGACCAUCGUGCCCACCGUGCACUGCCGCGCUCUCCUCUCCGCCCUUCACGGCGUUAUGCCUCAUCGCAGGUGUUCCUAGGUCAUCUGGGUACGGCUGAGCUGGGUGCCGCAGCGCUGGCCAAUGCGUACACCAACCUCAUGUGGUUUUUCUUGUUGGGCUUCGCAACGGCUCUUGAUACCCUUGGGAGCCACGCGUACGGCGCAGGAGAUCGGAGGGCGCUGGUGACCUGGUGCGUGACGGCAGCUGUGCUGCUGACGCUGCUUGUGGCGCCUCUAGCAGUGGGCAUGGCAAUGGGGGAGUUUGUUGGCCGGGGACUGUUCGACCAGGACAAGCACACGGCGCAGCUAAUGGGCCGCUUCUGUAACGGCCUUAUCCCGGGCAUGUGGCCGCUGAUGUGGGGCACGGUGCUAACUAAGUACCUGCAGGUCCAGAACGUCAUGUUGCAGCCCUCCCUGAUCGCCGUCAUCACGUUUGCGCUCAACAUCGCCUUCAACGCGGCGCUGGUGCACACCAUUGGCUUUCGUGGUGCGCCGCUCGCCACGUCACUAUCCCGCUGGGCGCAGUUCCUCAUGCUGGCACUAGCAGUGUGGCGACACGAGCGGCGGCAACGGCAGCAGCACAAACGGCGGCAAAGCAGCGACGGAGAGCGACAGGGAGCGCUAGAAGCGGCGCCUGCGCUGGAUGAAGGCGCUGUCCUGCAGCCAUUGCCGCCAAUGGCAGCACCGCUAGAUGCGGCAGGUAAUUCGAACAACGGCGCUGCUGGAGAUAGAUCGAAUCGCGGGACUCUGUCGGCGAACAGCCACAGCACGGAACAAUUGCGGCUACUUGGUGAAGAUCGGAAUUCGGAUGAAGAGGACCAGGACAGCAGUGCCAGUGGGACUGGGAGUCGCGCAAAUGGCGAAAUGAACCAUGGCCCGCGCUGCGGCGCCAAUGGGUAUGCUUUGGCCAGCGGCAGCGGCAGAGUGAGCGACCCAGGAUCCUCUUCCGGCGUGCACCGCGGCUCGGCGAUGGUCAUGGAUAAUUUGGAAAGUGGGGUGCGGGUGUACCAGGAGUGUCGCAUGGCGAUGCAUCCACGUGUGGUGGGGCGCUUCUGCCGCCUGGGCAUACCAGGAGGCCUCAGCAUGUCGUUUGAGGCCGGUUGCUUCGACUUUUCCACCGUGCUCGCGGGCCGGCUGGGCACGGUUGCCACCGCAGCCCAUGCCGCGAUGCUGUCCAUUGUGACUCUGACCUACCUCGCUUGCCCAUUUGCGCUCGCCACCGCUGGCGCCAUCCGUGUCGGCAACCUCCUGGGAGCAGGCGAGCAGCCGGGCCGGGGGGUGGUUGUGAGGGAGGCCGGCACUUGGCUACUGUUUCUACUGCUGCUACAUCGUGUGCCGGAGUAUAUUGAAGAGGGUCCCAGCAUGGCGCCGGAAGUCUCCGGUGAUCCUGACGGUGCUCGCCGGGCUGGCAUCCUGGCGGUGACCCUCAGCGGCGCGUUUAUGGCGCUGAUGGCCAUGACCCUCCUCGCCACCCGCAGUGUCCUUGGUUACAUGUUCAGCGCAGACCACCGUGUCGUAACGGUGAUCCGGGGCCUCGCCGUCUUUGCGGCGUUGUUUCAGGUCUCGGACGGGCUCAUGGGCUCCAGCCAGGGCGUGCUGCGGGGCUGCGGCCACCAGCACCUGACAGCGGUGUUCAACUUCACAGGUUUCUGGGUUUGCGGAGUGCUGCUGGGCUUCCUGCUGUGCUUCAAGGCGGGGCUGGGGCUCAACGGGCUUUGGGCGGGGAUCUCCGCGGGUGACACAGCCACCGGUAUCAUGAACCUCAUCGCCAUGAGCCGCAUUCGCUGGCGCAAGGAGUCGGACAGGGCGGUGGCCCGGCUCAAGGUUCUAGCGCAGCAGGCCGAAGAGGAGCAGGCCAUGCUAGACGGCUCCCAGGUGGCGGGGCUCAGUGCUGCCGACAGCGCCGCCGCGCCGCUGGGCGGUGGCGGCCGGAGCUAUGCUGGCGGCCUGAAGCGCAUGUGGAGCGAGCGCCGGCUGCAGCAGGCGGUCAGGGGCAUGCAGCGGCGACACCAGAUGCAGCUUGCGGCCGAGGACCUGCCAAGCGAUGACGGUAGGAGAGGAACGACGAGCCAGGGGGCGGGGCCGGUCUUGGAUAUAGAUAGGGAAACUGCCAAUGAGUCGCCGUGCGGCACCCGGCCGCCACGGCAGGGUGGUACGGUGUGCCACUACCGCGACGGGCCAACGGUAGGCUGGAUGCCGUUGCAAGACACAUCGUCAAAGGACACCUCCAGGCAGGCUCCCGUUAUGGCCGGCAAGGACUCCCGUCCCAUGGAGCCCCAACCCCCACAAUUCAGCGCGCAUGCGGAAGGAAUGCUGUCGGCUAUCAUGCUGAAGGACGUAAAACAGCAUGUAACUUGCGCAUUGUGCAACAAUCUCAUCGCGUCUUCAUUGGUGCUGUCGUGUGGACACCAAUACUGCGGCAGCUGCCUCUUCGAUUGGCUUGGUAACAAGCCAUCCUGUCCCAACUGCCAGGUUCCUUUGCGCGCCAUCCCCAUGCGAUGCAUUGCACUCGACGGCGUCGUCGAGGCGUUCCUUUCUUCAUUGCCGGAGGAGGAGGUCGCCGCCUACAAAGCACGCCAAGAAGAGGGCAAAUCCGCCGCCAAUAAGGUAAACAAGAUGUUUUGGUGGCUUCAGCCGUCAGCGUUGCCUGGUAUGGCGCCGAGCGGCCCUCCUGGUUUCGGUGGCGCGCCCGGUGCUGGUAUCCCGCACAUGAACGGCAUGGCCGCUCCCAAGCAGCAGUCCUUCACAGGCCCGCCAAUGCCACAGCAGUUGCCAUCCGGUGGCGUAAUGACUGCCGGCAUGCUCGGCGGCGCGCCGCAACAGCAAGUCUUCCUCCAGCGCCCUGGGCCAAGGUCCAACUCGUUCUCCGCUGGCGGCGCAUUGCCAUCUUGCACUGCGCAGCCUGCUCUUCCGCCGCAGAUGGCUGCCAGCAUUGCCGCAGCAGGCUUCUCGGCACCUACCAUCUCGCUGCCCGGACCCAACACUGAUUUGGAGGCUGCAUACUUGGCCACGGCACAGAAAUUCGGCAUGGAGGGGCUUGCGUUGCCACUCGUCUACCAGCAGCAGCUACAACACCAAUUUCAGCAGCAGGAACAAUUUCGCGGCUUGCUGCAUGCCUGCUCAGAAUUGCAGGCGGUUUGGAGAUGGCACAAGGAGAAGCACAAGUUGGGCCUCCCCAUGGGACCCCACUUAUUGGGCAAUCGAAAUCCAACUGAAGAGGACUUCCGCCGCACUUUCCCGCUCUGCCCUGUGGACUGGGAGGCUCUGGCUACACCCCCGACGGACGGCGUGCAAGCCGUGUGGGUCGGACACGCCACCGUACUCGUACAAAUGGCGGGCUUGACGUUCAUCACGGACCCGGUGUUCAGCGAGCGAUGUGCCCCGGUACAGUUCGCCGGUCCCAAGCGGGUGGUUCCCCCCGCGCUGACGUGUACGGAGCCGCAGAUGCCGCCCUUGGACUUCGUACUGCUGUCCCAUAAUCACUACGAUCAUCUGGACACCGACUCCGUGCGAACGCUACACCGCACACACGGCAAGGCUCUGACCUGGUACGUGCCUCUGGGCCUGCGGUCCUGGUUCGCCUGCGAGGGGAUGCGUGACAACGUGGUGGAGAUGGACUGGUGGCAGAGCGUCGUACACACGAACGCCACCAGCGGCAGGAGUGUGACCGUUACGAUGGUGCCGUCGCAGCAUUGGAGUGCGAGAGUGUUCAAGGAGAUUGGGGAGCGGCUGGGGCCCAUCGACCUGGCCGCGAUACCGAUUGGUGCCUACGAUCCCCGGUGGUUUAUGCGCCCUCAGCACACAAACCCCGAGGAAGGUUUGCAGAUUGCGAUGGAUGUGCGGGCGGCCGUCAGCAUUGGCAUCCACACCGCCACUUGGAGCCUCACAGACGAACCGCUGGACGAGCCCCCUACAAGGCUUGAGGCUGCGGUGCGGGAGCGCGGCCUUCCCGCCUCGUCAUUUGUGACGUUGCGACACGGAGGAAAGGCCGUGGUGCGGAGCGGCCGCCUGCAGAACCUGCCCGGGACCCUGCCGCACCGAAAAGCCUGCUGA